AUGAUAGUCAUCCAGUUCAUCUAUGCCAUCGUGUGCCUGAUUGGGCUGAUUGGGAACUCCAUGGUCAUUUUUGUCAUCUUGAGGUAUGCCAAGAUGAAAACUGCCACCAACAUCUACAUCCUCAACUUGGCCAUCGCGGAUGAGCUCUUCAUGCUCAGCGUUCCCUUCCUGGCCGCCUCCGCGGCUCUGCAGCAUUGGCCCUUCGGCUCAGGGAUGUGCCGCACCGUCCUCAGUGUGGAUGGCAUCAACAUGUUCACCAGUGUCUUCUGCCUGACCGUCCUCAGUGUGGACAGGUAUGUGGCUGUGGUCCACCCUUUGAGGGCAGCCAGGUACAGGAGACCAACGGUGGCCAAGAUGAUCAACAUCUGCGUCUGGAUUGUGUCCCUCUUGGUCAUCUCCCCCAUCCUGAUCUUUGCAGACACCGAGUCCUCCAAGAAUGGGGUGGUGGUCUGCAAUCUCAUGUGGCCCCAACCUACCUGGUCCACCGUCUUUGUCAUCUACACCUUCCUCUUGGGGUUCUUCCUCCCGGUGGUGGCCAUCUGCCUGUGCUACAUCCUCAUCAUCAUCAAGAUGAGAGCGGUGGCUUUGAAGGCUGGUUGGCAGCAGAGGAAGAAGUCUGAGAAGAAGAUCACCAGGAUGGUCCUCAUGGUGGUCACCGUCUUUGUCAUCUGCUGGAUGCCUUUCUACAUCGUCCAGCUCCUCAACCUCUUCUUGCCCCAUAUGGAUGCCACCAUCAACCACAUCUCCAUCAUCCUCAGUUAUGCCAACAGUUGUGCCAACCCCAUCCUCUAUGGCUUUUUUUCAGACAACUUUAAGAGGUCCUUCCAGAGGAUCGUGUGCUUUCGUUGGAUUGAGAAUGGGACAGAUGAGCCGGUGGAUUACUAUGCCACAGCUCUGAAGAGCAAGGUGUGCAACAACCACCCCUUGGACUUCCAACAGGAGCCCCUUCAAUCCGACCCUUGUUACAAACAUGGGACCAUCACAAGGACCACUACCCUAUAG